UCCCCACGUUGCUCUUUUCGCAGCCAUGGCAGCUCUUCCUCAAUUUACCCGGCAGCUGGGCUGCUUCAGAUCGCUCGUGAAGCCCCAGCCAUUGAUGCAAUCUCAGAUCAGUUGUCGGUCGAUUUCCACGGUAUACUCGCAACGGCCGGAGCCAACACUUCUUCCGUCAAAACUCCCUCAGCAGUUUUUGUCUCAGAUUCCUGAACGAUUGCAGCCUCAUGUGCGCAAGAAGCUGAAAAUCUACCCGGCACCACCCUCACCAACCGCUACAUGCAAGGAUCCCAUUACAGCGGUCCGAGAGUCCCAGCUCGCGGAAAUCGACCCUACAGGAGAACGCAGAGCACUGUUUGACUACCGACGAAACCCCCGAAGUGUCAAAGUUGGCGAUAUUCUACGCGUGACCUUCAAGAAUGGAGACCCCUUCUCUGGCGUCUGCUUGAGUAUUCGUCUUCGUGGCAUUGACACAUCCUUCUUGUUGCGUAAUCAGCUUACGAGGGUCGGAGUGGAGAUGUCUGUUAAGGUUUUCAGCCCGAAUGUGGAGAGUGUCGAGAUCGUCCAGAGGACGGAGAAGAGGAAGAGAAGAGCACGGUUGUACUACAUGAGGAAACCCAGGCAUGAUAUGGGCAGUGUCGAGAACAUUGUCUCGAACUACCUCCGACAAAAGUCGGCUCUUACUGGACAGAGAUCAUCCCGCGGACAGAAGAGGUGAUUUUCAGAUACAAAGAUUUGUAGUUCUUCUGGUUUGCAAGUGUAUUAUUACUAGCACGUGUACAUUGAAUAUUAUGGCGCCUUUAUCUCCGUGUUUAUAUCUCUGGAUAGACUUAAUGUGAGAAAACGCUGUCCUACCUGGAAGGGACAGUCUUUUUUAUCUC